UUCCUGUUGUUAGUUAGUAGUACAGCAAACUUGCCAUAAGAUCCACUGGAAGCCAGCUCUUCAUUCAUCCAAUUAUUACACUAUAUCAUAGAAUAGAAAGGGUAUUCUUUAAGACAAAAAUAGCUAUUAGUCUCAUUGUCUCAACAAAUUCUAAUUACUCUCUCUUAUUUUAAGUUCACAUUACAAAAUCAAACAAAAGCAAACUAAAAACGAGGUUGAUUGGGCGGUGGAGGAAACAUUAGUAGCAUCAAGCAAGCAGCGGAAGAAAAGAAAAGAAAAGACAACGCAAAAGGUUGUUGUGAGCGAUUUCACACCAAAAACAGAAACAGAAACAAUGCUUGGAAGAAUGACGGUUGAAGAACAAAGAGACAAAGAAAGAGGCAUUGUUCUUCUUCCAUCGAAAAAACAUAGCGGCAUGGUUGCAUUCUCCCUCUUCAUCCUCUGUUCCUUAAUCCUCCUCGUUCAGCCUUCUUCUUCUUCGACCCAACAACCCCCCAAUUUAGACCCCGACAGCAUCUACCUCCUCGGCGACGCCCACGUUGUCACCGCCGCCGACGCCGACUCCCACGUGCGGCUCACGCGCCCCGCGCCUUCCUCCUCCGGCAUCCUCCGCCGCCGGGAGCCACUCGCCUUCGCGGACCCCACGUCGCUCUCCACGGAGUUCUCCUUCUCCGUCACCGGCCACGGCCACGGCCUCCUCCUCGUCCUCGCCGCCGGCGGCAACCUCUCGAAUUACGUCGGCGUGGAGUUCGACACGUCCAAGGACGACAACGUCGGAGACCCGAACGCGAACCACGUCGGCAUCGACGUCGGAAGCCACGUGUCGGUCGCCGUCGCGAAUGUUUCCGACGUGCAUUUGGUUCUCAACAACGGGGAAAAGUUGAACGCUUGGGUUGAUUACGAAGCCAGUUCUAAGGUUUUGGAAGUUAGGUUAAGCAAAUGGGGUGCACAAAAGCCUUCUGAUCCCAUUGUUUCUCAUGACAUUGAUUUUUCCAAGAUUUGGGGUGCGAAUCCUGUGAUUGCGGGCAUAAGCUCUUCCAAUGGGGCCCACUCGGUUCAGGUUGUUAGUGUCUAUUCAUGGAAGCUUAGUUUGAAGAAGGUUUCAGUUUCAAAUGGGUUGCAUUCUCUACCUGCGGAUCCUCAUGGUAAUAAUAAUAAUAAGUUUGAGGAUGAGCAUAAGAAGCUGUGUCCCUUGACGGUUCUCGCUGGGGUUAUUUUUGGAACUGGGUGUGUUGCGAUGGUGACGUUCGUGGUGCUUUUUAUGUGGGUGAUUUUCUUCCAAAAGGGUGAAGAGGAGUCUCUUGUGAAAAUCCCUAAUCACCCUUCUUCGGAUGUCAGGUAUGAGAGAAUUGAUGUGGCUGUUGACAAGAAUGCGCAUUCUUCAAACUUUUGUUAGAGUUAGAGUGUAGGUGAUCCCUGAUGAUCAAUGUUGUUUUUGUAAUGUAACUUUUGUUUUUGUGAUGUGGAGGAUAUAUACACUUUUGUAGGAGAUUGUGAUACUGUAAAUUUAUUUGUAAUCGAUUAUGUAAAAUAUAUGUGUGCGUGUGCACGCCCUGCUUGGGAACCACUUUGGUUUUAAUUUUAUUGUAACAUUUGAUUCUUGACAGCGUAUAAUGGCCAUGCUUGCAGUUGCAGCUGUGAUAUUCUAGUUA